GGAAUCAAUAAUAGAUGAUUUUUAAUUUAUAUAUAAAACCCCUGAGGUUAUCCACUGUGAAGCUGACUCACCCUCCGUUGUUCUUCACAGCUUUCCAAAGACUCCUCAUAAGAACACUCUACAUCUUUCUGUUUCAUAGCUCUUGAGAGUGAGAGAGAGAGAGAGAGAGAGAGCGCAAUUGCAAAUGGGUAAGGGAGGGAUGUCACAUGGAGGUGCUGGAGAAGCCAAAGAUGGUGAAGAAGAGAACAUGGCUGCUUGGCUGCUUGGUAUCAACAACCUCAAGAUUCAGCCUUUUAAGCUUCCUCCUCUCGGACCCCAUGAUGUUAGAAUUAGGGUGAAGGCUGUUGGUAUCUGUGGCAGUGAUGUUCACUACCUCAAGACCAUGAGAUGUGCGGAUUUUGUAGUUGAAGAGCCAAUGGUAAUUGGGCAUGAGUGUGCCGGGAUUAUAGAGGAAGUUGGAAGUGAGGUGAAGGCUCUGGUGCCUGGUGACCGCGUGGCAUUGGAGCCAGGGAUCAGUUGCUGGCGAUGCGACCUUUGCAAGGAAGGUCGAUACAAUCUAUGCCCGGAGAUGAAGUUUUUCGCCACUCCACCAGUCCAUGGUUCUCUUGCAAAUCAGGUAGUGCAUCCUGCAGACCUAUGUUUUAAGCUGCCAGAAAAUGUCAGCUUGGAGGAAGGGGCCAUGUGCGAGCCCUUAAGUGUUGGUGUUCAUGCUUGUCGACGAGCAAAUAUUGGUCCAGAAACAAAUGUGUUGGUCAUGGGAGCUGGACCCAUAGGGCUGGUUACACUGCUAGCAGCUCGCGCUUUUGGGGCACCCAGAAUUGUCAUUGUAGAUGUGGAUGACCACCGUUUAUCUGUAGCAAAAGAGCUCGGUGCAGAUGGGAUCAUUAAAGUUUCAACAAAUAUUCAGGAUGUAGCUGAAGAAGUUGUACAGAUACAUAAAGCUAUGGGAGCUGGAAUAGAUGUGAGCUUUGAUUGUGCAGGCUUCAACAAAACCAUGUCAACAGCACUGAGUGCCACUAGUGCAGGUGGUAAAGUUUGCCUUGUGGGAAUGGGUCAUAGCGAGAUGACCGUCCCACUCACUCCGGCUGCUGCGAGGGAGGUUGAUGUGAUCGGCAUCUUCCGAUAUAAGAACACAUGGCCGCUUUGCCUCGAAUUUAUAAGGAGUGGUAAGAUCGACGUGAAGCCGCUUAUAACGCAUAGGUUUGGGUUCUCUCAAAAGGACGUGGAAGAAGCCUUUGAAACAAGUGCUCGUGGUGGUAAUGCCAUUAAGGUCAUGUUUAAUCUAUAAACUCAGCUGCUGAGUCUUGAACCUCUCUUUGUAAAUUGGAGCUAAGUUUACUUCUUGUUAUAAUAAAACGAAUGAUUAAAUAAGAGGUGGGGGGGGGAGAACUUAGUAUAGACUUCUUGUGGUAAUAAAGUUCAGAUGGUAGUGCCAUGUCAUCUUGCUCUCAAACUUUUGUCUUCUGACAGAAAGAGUAUGAACGGUCAUUAUGAUCCUAAUCCUAUUGUAAAUGUUGAUUA